AGCCGGUCUGAUAGGCGCUGCUCCCGUCACAGAGUCACCCCUUUCUCAAUUCCGUCAAACAAUGCUCCAUAUAUCCCACAUGUUUUUGAAUCGUUUGGUAAAUGCAAAAUUGAAGACUUUUAAUUGAUUCGGCUGUCUACAGUUUGCCAUGGCGACGGUGGUGAUGGAGCAGAUUGGUCGCCUCUUCAUCAAUGCCCAGCAGCUGCGUCAGAUUCCUCAGCUGUUGGAGUCAGCCUUCCCCACACUGCCUUGCACUGUGAAGGCCUCUGACGUUCCCUGGGUAUUUCGCGAGCCUCACAUCCUCACUGGCUACAGGCAGCCGGACCAGAGCUGGCGCUACUACUUUCUCACGCUCUUCCAAAGGCACAACGAGGCGCUCAAUGUGUGGACCCAUCUGCUGGCUGCCCUCAUCAUCCUGGUGAAGUGGCAGGAGAUCUCAGAGACUGUUGAUUUCUUGCGGGAACCUCACGCUCAGCCCCUCUUCAUUGUUCUCCUGGCAGCUUUCACCUACCUCUCCUGCAGCGCUCUGGCUCACUUGCUCUCUGCCAAGUCUGAGCUCUCCCACUACACUUUCUAUUUCCUGGACUAUGUGGGUGUUGCUGUCUACCAGUACGGCAGUGCCCUUGCACACUUCUAUUAUGCCAUAGAGGGAGACUGGCACACAAGGGUACAAGGGUUUUUUCUACCCGCUGCAGCUUUCUUUGCCUGGCUUUCUUGCCUAGGCUGUUGCUAUGGCAAAUAUGCCAGUCCUGGGCUGCCCAAGUUCGCCCACAAGCUUUUCCAAGUGGUGCCGUCAGGCCUGGCCUACUGUCUGGACAUCAGUCCUGUGGUUCAUCGCAUCUACAGCUGCUACCAGCAGGGCUGCUCAGACCCGGCUGUGGCCUACCACCGCUACCAGGUGCUCUUUUUCCUGAUCAGCGCCUAUUUCUUUUCCUACCCGCACCCAGAGUGUUGGUUCCCUGGGAAGUGUGACUUCUUCGGGCAGGGCCACCAGAUCUUUCAUGUGUUCCUGGUGCUGUGCACCCUGGUGCAAGUUGAGGCUCUGCGCAUAGACUUCACAGAGCGCCGUCCCUUGUAUGAGCAGCUCCAUGGUGAUCUUGCCCACGAUGCCAUCGCACUCUUCAUUUUCACUGCCUGCUGCAGUGCUCUAACUGCUUUUUAUGUGCGCAAGCGUGUGCGCACAGCUCUCCAUGAGAAGGAGGAGUAAGAGGUGACAAGAAGGAAAAUCUAAUUAAUAUUACCCUUGAGUGAGAGCAAAAAUGAAAAUAAUUAAAUGUUCAUGUUCUUGAAAGUUUCCAGUUUGUGACAGUGACAUAUGAUUAGUUCUUCUUUUUGUGGUCUGCCAAACUACAGUAACUGGCAAAUUAUUAUUAAUUGUGUUUUUGUGACUUUGAAGAAAAGGGGAAUCUUUUAAUUUGUCUGUAGCAAUACAGAUAGUACUUACACACUGCGAAAAAUUUCCACAGAUGGUAAAAUGAAGGACAAAAAUGGUCAUGGACAAAAAUUGGUGGCUUUAUUUGUCAUAAUAAUUUUGAAAUGCCUCCUCUUUUACUAGUCUGCAAAGUUGUUUUUCCCAUACAAAAAUAUAUCUGCUAUAGAGGUAGGCAGAAAAAUUACAUCGGUAACUUAAGAUGCCUUUAACCCAAUGAGAAGUGCAUAUUCAGGAUGAUCUGACUGUCCUAAUCUAGUUGUGCAUCUCAUAUUUUGCCAGUAUUUGUUUUUACAAUUUACAGUUCCAUGAUAUUUGGUAUAAUGCAGUCAGGUAAUGAUUCUUGAUCUACCUUUCUGACAAGCUAUCCCCAUGCUUUUCUUUCUGCCUCUUUUUGGGAUCAGUGCAGAAAUGAUGGCAUUUAAAUAUAUAUAUAUACACAUAUAUAUGUAUUUAUUUAUUUAUCAAGGCACUCAAACAUUUUACCACACAUUAAUGUCCUAAAAACAUUCUGGGGAAGCUGAGAACCCAAAUUUGCAAACCAAACUUUGUACCAAUUAUCUAAAAGGAGGCUUCUCUCUAUGACGGCAUUGUAUUGAAUGAUGUUGGAAAUGAGGCUGGCACUCAGUACUGGUUAAUGUAUGGAAUUGUGUGCCCAAGAUUACUGAUGUCUGUUAGUUGCUGUGACAAUGUUAUUGUUUUGUAUUCAAAGGGCUGGAACUUCAGCUUUUGCCUUUUCACACCCCCUGAUGUCAAUGCCUUUAUGCGUGUUGUUUCUUUAUUGAUUGAUCAGACACGACUCACAACGGCCGUGUCAGGUUGUGGUGUUCUGCUUUUUGUAUAUUCCUUUUACGUAUGAGUAUGUUUGUGCCUGUUUGCAUGUCCUUAAGUAUAUAGAUGUUAGUGUGUGGAUCAGAUGUGAAUGUCUAUGAAAGCUAAGCCUUGCACUUCUUUUUAAAAAUGUAAAUCAGCUGAAUUUCUCAAGGAGGCCACUCAUACUCCAUGUUCUCCCUGCCUAACUGCACUCAAUACUGAAUGCCCCUUUCUGGCACGUUUAUAGGUGCAAUAAGAGUACAUUCAGUGCAUUCUUACUUUGCAGCAUUCUUUCAGAGCAGUUUGGUAUUAAGAGCCCUCCUGCCCAUUCAAAAUUUAAUGACUAUGAAUACAUCACUUCAUACUGCAGCUCUGUUAUUAGUCUUUGUUUUCCCCUUUGUUUGAUGGCUUCUUUGUUAUGAAAUAUCAUGCAGUUAUGGCUCACAGAUAAUGUCUCUUUAGAUUUUUAUCUCACAAAAAUCUUAAAUGCUAAUGUCAGAAAUCAUCUGUUAAUGAUGACAGCGUUCUCUGUUCAUGACAGUGUUAAUGUGCCAAUGAAUCUGUUAUUGCUUCAGUGACGGUACUGCUAAAAGAUGAACUCAGAGACAGAGUGUCAGAAGCAACGGGCGUGUUAAAUGAUGUCCCAGUGAGACUGCAUACCAUGUUAUUGAUGAGCUUUAACCUUAACAACCCAAAAUAUGAACCUUGUAACUGUUAACUUGACAUUACUGACCUGAACUCAUCGUGCACUGCCUGAAUCAACACUGUAUAAAGAGGGUGACACUGGCUAUAUUUACAGGCAUGGAGAAAUCCUUUCUGUUUGGGUUUUCAAUUAAUUUGGAGUUAGGUUAUUUCUUAGAAUUAGCUGGGUAAGGUCAUAGUUGGAUUAUGAGACACUCUAUUAAGAUGCAUCACUUAUUCCAUUAUGAAAUGGGUUACUGUUGCAUGUAAACAUCUUCCACCUUUUUCACCUCCUGGUGUUGCACAAAUUCAGACUUGUGCAGGGUUCAGUAUUGGAUAAUGAAAAACAAGAUUCCCCCUCAACUCUUUAACUUUGACGUACAUGCAGUCUGUGGCAAGGCCUCAUUAUACUCAUAAUGCGGUGCAACUUGUCAAAUGAGGCCUGUGUCUUGCGAAAGUUUUAUUGUCAUUCUGUAUCUGUAAACUGUAGUAUAAUCCCACCAGACCUGCCUCCCAGCUUCCAUCCAGAAAUGUCAGGUAUUCCCUGCUGGCAUUAUCAGUAGAUUUCUAGCACGGAAAGUAUAUUUCAGCUGCAGCUAUAUCCUGGUGUCCUUGACCUCCAUUAUUCAUUAUAGUAAAAAGCAUAUUUGACUGCAACAUCAGGUGAUUUACCAAGAGGUUUUUCUCCCAUACAUUACAAAUUGUGUAAUAUUGCUUGCAGCUGUCAAUUUAUUUUAAAACUUUCAUUUGGUGAUUCAGGGAAAUCGGUCAAUCACAUAUAAUUAAAACUGCAUGUGAAAUGGCUCAAUAGUAAUACUGAAUUAACCAGAAUAUGGCCCGUACUCCGUAACUCCAUGCAUGUAAAUGUAGCCACUGAUGUCAGCCAGGGUUGCCCUGUAUUCCCAGCCAACCUCGAAGCAAGGGUGAGAGGGACCAGAAUGUCUUCUGCCUAUAAAAAAUACAAUGUGUGAUACUGACUGUACUAAUAUUGUGGUAUUUAAGAAAAUAAAGUGUUAUAGUAACUUCCA